CAUAAUUCGUAAAUAAGGUGGAUAAAACUUCAAACUCUAUGAAAUAAACGAUGUUUAAUUAUUUAACCAAUUUAUUUCUACCUUCCGUGUUAGACAACUAUUAGUAUUCGUCAAAAAAUAUUACGAGGAAAUAUAUCCGAACACACACACACAUAUGGCUUAUUCAAAUAUCCCUGGAAAAACUGCUGCAAAAACAUAUAUUUAUUUGUAUAAACAACUGAAUAUAUAUUUCACCUUGUGGAAAUAAUUAUUUAUCGAUAUUACACCAGAGUUAUUUCAUGGGAUCCUUAAUAUAUUAACAUAGAGUUUCUUUUUAAAACAAACAAACUAAUAUGGCUGGUUCACGCAGAGGUUUGGUGGCUCCACAAAACAUCUUUCUUGAAACCGUUUUAAGGAGAUUCAGUACACCACAAACUGGACUACUUAUAGCCAACGCAAGAAUAGUUGAUCAUCCAAUAAUUUAUGUGAAUGAAAGUUUUACAAAAAUGACAAAUUAUACAAGUCGUGAAAUGAUGCAUCAAAAUGCUAUCUGUCGUCAACUCCACGGUAAACGAACAUCAAUUAAUUCCAUAGAACGAUUACAGAAUGCACUAGAUAAUGGAUAUUUCGAUCAAGUUGAAAUAACUUUAUACAAAAAAAAUCGUUCAAUGAUUUGGGUGAUUAUGUGUGUUGCACCAGUUGAAAAUGAUAAGCACGAAACACCACUUUAUUUGAUUUUAUUUUAUGAUAUUUCACCGCUUAGACAACCGCUGGAUGAUGAAGCACUCAGUGGAAGUUUUAGUAAAUUUGCAAAGCUGGCACGUUCAGUAGCACGCAACAGAACAGUUCUGUCACAAGUUGAACUAGAUGAUUCCCUGGUUGCUGUUGCUCCAGUCCAAAGUACCAGUAUACCGAAAUAUCGUCAAGAAUCGCCAAAAACUCCACCUCAUGUUGUCCUGCAUUAUUUAACUUUUAAAACUGCCUGGGAUUGGAUUAUAUUUCUGUUAACUGGAUAUACAUGUAUUAUAAUACCCUACAGUGUUGCAUUUGGUCAUCAUUCAUUAUCUGAAGAGUCAGUAUAUUUUGCUGUAGAGCAUAUAGUUGAUAUCAUUUUUUUCAUUGAUAUUGUAUUAAAUUUUCAUACAACAUUUGUUGGACCAUCUGGUGCUGUUAUUUCAGAUCCUGUUUUAAUACGCCUAAAUUAUUUGAAAGGUUGGUUUGUAGUCGAUCUGAUAUCUUCACUGCCAUUUGGAAUUCUCGCAAUAUUUAGUGAUAAUGCAGUAAGUUUGAAUUAUUUCUGA